UCUUUCAGUCUGCUUUUAAAAAGUCCAGCAUCUCUGAAGUUCUCCACACACUAAACACUCUCCUCAGAAAUAGUGGUGCUAUGGGUCUCAAUAGGAUUCUCGUGCAACUCACCUGGGUUGGUGUGAUAUCAUCAGUCAUGGUGGCAGCCACAGAUACACAAUUUCCAUCAGCCCUGCCUAAUUGCCCCGACAGAUGUGGAGACCUACGAAUUCCAUAUCCGUUUGGCUUAACUGAAGGUUGUUACCUGAACGAAACCAAGGGAUCUACAAAAUUUUUAAUAUUUUGUGACAACUCGUUGGAGAAACCUCAACCAAUGACUGGAGAUUUCCUCGUUACAAGGACUGGAGAUUUCCUUGUUACAAACAUUUCCGUCCAAGAAGGCCAGAUUGAGAUCAUGAUGGAUAACGACAUUGACUGUUACAACAGGACGGGCGAUCCUGAGAGUAACCUCAGGCGGAAACGAAGGUCCACUAACCCGAUUUUCACCAUUUCUCCCACCAAAAACAAGUUCGUGUCCGUUGGAUGUGAUACUUAUGCGUACCUUAGGGGUUUCAAGAACGAUAAACGGUUCUAUUCUGUUUGUGUCUCACAAUGUGAAAACAAAAGUGAUGUAGUCAACGGGUCUUGCUCUGGAAUUGGGUGUUGCCAGCAGGAUAUUCCUGGAGGAUUGAAAAAUAUUACUGUGGAAGCAAAUAGCUUUGAUAACCACGUAUCCGUCUGGGAUUUCAAUCCAUGCAGCUAUGCCUUUAUUAUUCGAGAAGACAAGUUCAAUUUCUCCUCAGAUUAUCUUACCACUCUGCGAAACUAUAAUACCCUUCCGGUGGUUCUUGAUUGGACAAUUGGUAGUGAGAAGUGUGAACUUGUUCGGAACAAAUCGAAUUACAUAUGUGGAGGGAAUAGCACAUGUUUUGAUCCCCCGUACGGGUCUGGGUACCGUUGCGAGUGCAAGAAGGGUUACCGUGGGAACCCAUACCUCGACCAUGGUUGCCAAGAUAUUGAUGAAUGUAAAGUCAAAGACAACAACAAUUGCACGAGCAAACAAAAAUGUGUUAAUAAACCCGGGAGUUAUGAUUGUUUGUGCAUUGAAGGAUACCAUAUGGACGAACCCGAACGGGUAUGUGUCCCCGGUCGAUCAGCUGGCCAAUCAUCACUCGCAAUUUACCUCGCAGUUGGCCUUUUUAUCCUCUUAGUGCUGCUUUUGGGAUAUUCUUGGAUAUAUUGGGGAUUGAAAAGAAGAAAGCUCAUCAAACUCAAGGAAAAAUUUUUCCAACAAAAUGGAGGCUUACUAUUAAAACAACAACUCUCUAAUCACCAAAUGUCUGUCGAGACAACCAAAAUCUUUACCACAGAAGAGCUCAAGAAGGCCACCAACAACUAUGAUGAAAGUAGAGUUCUUGGUCAAGGAGGCUAUGGAACUGUGUAUAAAGGAGUAUUAUCAGAUAACACAAUGGUUGCCAUUAAGAAGUCUAAAAUUGGUGAUCAGAGCCAAAUCGAGCAAUUCAUAAAUGAAAUGAUUGUGCUUACCCAAAUUAAUCAUAGGAACGUGGUUAAGCUAUUUGGUUGUUGUUUGGAAACAGAAGUUCCCUUACUAGUUUAUGAAUUCAUCACAAAUGGGACUCUUUCUAACCACAUUCAUGAUAAAAGCCUAUCAUCCUUACUUUCAUGGGAAAAACGUUUGAAAAUUGCAAUAGAAAUUGCAGGAGCACUUGCGUACUUGCAUUCAUCAGCUUCUAUGCCAAUUAUACACAGAGAUGUAAAAACUACGAAUAUUCUAUUGGAUGAUAACUACAUAGCGAAAGUGGCCGACUUCGGAGCUUCAAGGCUAGUUCCUCUUGAUCAAACGCAAUUGAACACUUUGGUGCAAGGAACUUUGGGGUACCUGGAUCCAGAAUACAUGCAAACUAGCCAACUAACAGAAAAAAGUGAUGUAUAUAGCUUUGGUGUUGUUAUGGCAGAGUUGUUGACAGGUAAGAAGGCACUUUCUUUUGAUAGGCCAGAAAUUGAUAGAAAUCUAGCAAUAUUCUUUGUUUCUACCAUAAAAGAGGAUCGCUUACUUCAAAUUCUUGAAAAUCACAUUGUCAAUGAGGAUAAUAUUGAGCAACUAAAGGAAGUUGCUAAUCUUGCAAAAAGGUGCCUAAGUUUGAGAGGGGAGGACAGGCCUUCUAUGAAAGAGGUGGCAGCAGAGCUGGGGAGAUUGAGAAUUAUGGGAAAACAUUCAUUGGGAAACAUUGAUGUCUACGCAAAAAAGAGUGAGUACUUGCUUAGUGCAACUAGUCACUCUUUCAAUGUUGAUGUUGACACUAGUUGUUCUACUAGUACAACUGCUGAGUAUGAUAGCAUCAAAGACCAAGUAUUGAAACUUGUGGAAGAUAGGAGAUAAUUACUUAGUUCU